UAUUAUUAUCUGUGAAUUUUACGCGAACUUUCGUGUUCUCUUCAGAAAAAUAAAUCAAAUCAAGUUAUUUUUCUCUCGCGCAAAAGUAGUGUGCAGUGAAUCUCUACUGUAAUUUUAUAUUAUGAUGAAAGCUGUGCUAUAAUUUAUGUCGAAAAGUGUUUAAAGUUAACAAGGAAAAUGAGUAAGCAUAUGUAUUCCACUGCGAACCUCUCUGAUAAAGAAUUGAAAGAACAAGGAAACAGACUGUUCAGUCUACGGAGGUUCGAAGAUGCAAUGAAUUGCUACACUAAAGCCAUUAUUAAAAACCCCUCAGUAGCCACAUACUUCACAAACCGAGCACUAUGCCACCUGAAGAUGAAGCGCUGGGAAGCCACAUGCCAGGACUGCAGGAGGGCGCUAGAUAUAGACACCAACCAGGUCAAAGGGCACUUCUUCCUCGGCCAGGCAUUGGUCGAACUGGAAUGCUAUGAUGAGGCUAUUAAACACUUACACAGAGCUAAUGACUUAGCGCGCGAACAGAAACUGAACUUUGGCGAUGACAUCGCAGCUCAAAUCCGUAUCGCCAGGAAAAAGAGAUGGAAUGUUCAAGAGGAGAAGAGAAUAUCACAGGAAAUUGAAUUGCAGACUUAUAUUAAUAGGCUAAUAAAUGAAGAUAUGCAACGUAGAAUAGAAUCAAUUAAAUUAGAAAACAUAAACGAAGAAGAAACCAAUAGCAAAAUAACAAAAGUCGAAGAAGAAUGCAAUAACUACAGCAGUGAGCUAAAUAACUUGUUUUCAAAAAUGGAUGAAAGGAGACGGAAACGUGACGUGCCAGACUACCUGUGCGGCAAGAUAAGCUUUGAGAUCCUCAACGAGCCCGUCAUCACGCCCAGCGGCAUCACGUACGAGAAGAAGGACAUCGAGGAACAUCUAGAGCGGGUGGGUCACUUCGACCCGGUGACUCGAGUGAAGUUAACAGCGGACCAGCUCAUCCCUAACUUCACUAUGAAGGAGGUAGUCGACGCUUUCCUACAGGAGAACGAGUGGGCACUCGAUUACUAGUCGAUUCAUCUAAAUACUUGCCAUUGUGAUUACGUCACUAGCGCAGAUAAAACUGCAAACAUUAAUAACCAAUCCUAUCUGUAGUCUGUCAAUAAGUUACUUAGCAACGUUGUUAUUUGUCAAAAAUGAUAUGGUCAUUUUUGACAAAUAACAAUGUUAACAAAUAACUCACCGACGGAUUAUGAUAGAUAAGAUUGACUAUUUUUAAUUUCGACUGUAAAGUUCUUUUACGAGUCUAUUUUUAAGGGGAUGUAAAGUCAAAGUAUUAGAUUGGAGCCUUUACACAUGACGACUUUUUUACGCGAAAUCAAAGCGCUUCAAAUGCGUAUCGAAAUGUUGCCGUGUGCAAAGGCACUUACAAGUGUUGUAAGAAAACAUUUGGUAUUAGGUAUUAUUCGGAUACACUCGUAAUAUUGAAAAUUUAUCUGGUGGGAGGGUUCGGCCGUGGUUAGUUACCACCCUACCGGCAAAGCCGUGUUGUCAAGCGAUUUAGCGUCCCGGUAUGAUGCAGUGUAGGAACUAAAGUCGCGACAGGUCGACAUGGCAAUAGCCCCUGCGCUAACCUUGUCGCGAUCUAAACUUAAUAUGACAAGCAUAUAAGGUCCAGUUUCAAUAUUCAAUCUAUCUGUAAUAUGUCGAUAAACUACUUAGAGACGUCGCUAUUUAAUUGUCAAAAAUUAUAUCGUCUUUUGUAACUAUUUAUUAACAAUGUAAGAUACAGACCGUUUACUAUAAUCUAACCUUUGCCGUCAUCUUGGCACCACUGCACUUCACACAAUGAAAACCUGAUAAAGCAAUGGUACCAACAUGAUGACGGCAAGGACAAAUUAAAUUGAACGGUCUGCAACAAGAUUGAGAAGUCAUCGAUCUGUAUCGAUAUCGAUUGAUUAUUGAAACACGACAUGAAAGUUACAUUUUGUGUGUUACAACUGUCGACUAAAGACGCAAUGUAGGAGCUGUCAGGAGUCGUGACGUAAUCACAAUAUCUUGUUACGUCAUCCAUUUUAUCACGAUAUUGUAAUGUAAAAGUGAUU